UUUUAGUUUUAUUAUAAUUUUCAUUUUUAAAAUAUUACAAGACAAACAAAUGAUUAAAACAAUUAAUGAUUGUGGGUUUUGAUUUUUGAAUGAUGAAUGCUUUUUUCCCUUUUUAAAAAGCACCACCUUGCUGUUACAGUGCCAACUGAUUCUUCAGUGUCCACUGCAGUGAAAUUUGAAAAGGUGGAGGAUAAAACAUUGUCGUCAGCAUUUUUUAAAAACGAAAUGCACUUUUUUUUAUUCAUACAUACAGGGUUUUCCCACUUGGUCAGAAUGAUGGAGCGAGCUGUCGUGUUGGUGCUGUGCUGGAUGGUGAUGCUCGGACUCUGCACGCCACUCUAUCCUUCACUACGGUUUGGUCAGAGAGCCACUGCGAUACUGAUGAGCUCCUCACUGGAAGACCCUCUGCAGCCCCCGACAGACUACAGAUCUGCCCAGAGUCAGCACGUCGAGUUCAGGUCUGGGAGACACGCGGACGCCAUUUUCACCAACAGCUACCGCAAGGUUCUUGGUCAAAUAUCUGCUAGAAAAUUCCUCCAGACUAUUACAGGAAAAGGAUCCGGAACCAGGCCAGGAUCUGAACACUACGUGAAACGGCAGGCGGGAAUUUUCGAGGACACGUACAAGCAGGACCUGAUGUCCAUCGAGAGGGAACACAGCUACAGGGAGCAGCAGAGAGGACGUCGAGGCUUUAGUCUGCAGUGCAAUAGCUGUGCUUGUGGAGUGACGAACAGGAAGUGUCCAGAGACUCGACUCAGGAAAUAGUGCGUCAGUGUGUUUGCUUUCUUGUGGUUUGCCAGUAAAAUGGAUUAUGCAAAAACAAAUAAUGAAUCUCUCUGAAUAAAUCAGAAAUGCUGAGCCAAACUGUUUAGCAAUUUAUGUCACUUUGUUUUUUGUUUGCAAUUUAGUCAAAGUUGAGGAAAAAGAACACAGAACAUGGAGGGUUUUUCUUAUUUUAUUUUAUUUUUUAAGUUGUUUUCUUUACAAAACCCCGGUUUGGUGAGAUAAGUGUUCAGUGUGGUAUAUCGGACAUAAAAAAUAAAACUGAUCAGCAAAAAAAAAAAAUAAAAAAAAUCCAAACCUGUUCAAAGAGAAUUUGGGAAACAAAUGACAACCACAAAAAGAAGAAUCUUUACAGCUUGCUGUGAGAAAAACCACCUUAAAAGAACCAGCAACAAUCAUGUCAAAACCCCGAUGGAUCACGUACAGUGCAUUCAGUUGGUUUUUUUUU